AUGCCCCCACCCCCACCGCCCGCAUCGCUGACCCCCGCCGGCGGCGGACGGCGACGGUGGAAGCACCGCCUCAGUCCCACUGUCGCACGUGACCGCUGCUACACUCGCUCCUUCCGCUCCGCGGGGCUCCGACCGGCGGCCAUUCCGCUUCCCGAUGGCGCCGUCGUACACCUCUGGCUCCCGCCACCUGCCGCCGACCCCGCCAGGCCCCUACACCCUGUCCUGCUCCUCCACGGCUUCGGCGCACAAGCCACGUGGCAGUGGGCGCCCUUCCUCCGCCCGCUCCUCGCCGCCGGUCUGGCCCCCUAUGUCCCGGACCUCGUCUUCUUCGGCGCCUCGUCCUCCCCCGCCGCAGACCGCUCCCCAGUCUACCAGGCUGCCUGCGUCGCCGCCGCUAUGGCUGCGCUCCCUGGCGCCCCGCAGCGGUACGCCGUCGUCGGGGUCAGUUACGGCGGCUUCGUAGCAUACCACCUCGCCCACGCGUUCCCGGCAGCAGUGGAGCGGCUUGUACUCGUCGCGGCCGGUGUUUGCCUCGAGGAGGCCGACCUGGCCUCGGGGCUCUUCGCCGUUGAGGAUAUCGCCGAGGCUGCAAGUCUGUUGCUGCCCCAGCGGCCGGAGGAUCUCCGGAGGUUGGUGGGGCUCACCUUCUGCCGCCCUCCGCGGUUCAUGCCGUCCUGCUUCAUCAGGGAUUACAUCAGGGUUAUGUGCACUGAAAAUGUAAAAGAGAAGACAGAGUUGUUGUAUGCAUUGAUCAAUGGUAGGAAGCUUUCAGACCUUCCUAAAAUUAACCAGCAAACCUUGAUAAUUUGGGGAGAGCAAGACCGAGUCUUUCCAUUGGAACUUGGAUUACGGCUGAAAAGGCAUCUGGGAGAUACUUCUGAACUAGUGAUUGUCAAGAAUGCUGGUCAUGCCAUAAACCGCGAAAAGCCAGCAGAACUUUGCAGACUAAUAAAGAACUACAUCGUUGAUCCCUCAGUCAAAUAUCGAGAUGACCGUAAGGCAUCUUGGAAGAAUGCGAUAAAGAGGUUUGUUGGGUCGAGCCUUAGAAAGGUGGACUCUUCUCGACCGCUGCUAUAA